AUGAUUGCCACGAAUACUACGCGUUGUCGUCCGGUGCUUUUAACGACGAAGUCGUCCUCUUCGUUACGAUGUCGCAUAAUACGUCGUAAUGUUUAUUAUUAUUCAGAAGCUUUUUCCUCGAGGAAAAAGACGGCUUUGGUGGUAAAGAAGAAGAAGAAGGUGUCGACGUUUUCAUCUUCAUCGUCGUCCUCGUCAUCGGAUAUCGUCGGAGCUUUAUCUGAUUCUUCGGAUUCUUCUUCUUCCUCUUCUUCAGAAAGAGGAGGAAAAACACGAGAAGCAGCGGUGUUACAAAAACUCGUCGUCGUGAACGUUGUCACCGUUGGAGCGUUAUGCGUCGCUCCUUCGUUUUCCCCGCCUCCUGCGUUCGCUUUGGAGGAAGAGAUGAGCGGUGUGUCUGGUGGUGGAAGUGCUUUGACGACUCCUAGUACUGCGGAGGAGGAGGCGCCGCCUGGAGGAGCUGCGAGUUUGGAAGCACCUUCGACGUCGGACUCAACAAAACCGGCGUUUACUCUGAACAUGGACUUGGACACGUCCGCGUACGACCAAAUGACAAGAACUGGCGGGAACUCGGAGAAGGCGAAAGCGUUGGUGAACAAAGGCGUGCCGUCGGUCAAGAAGGACCAAGGAGGCGGGUUCAAUUUGAUUCCCAAGCCGAAAGAAGAGAAGAAGAAGGUUGAGAAAGCACCGAAAGAGAAGAAAGCGGAGAAGCCGAAGAAAGCGCCGACGCCGAAGAUGGCAAGUCCUCUCGAAUCGAAAGGCGCGAAAGAAGAGGACGGGUUUAAUCCAAUCGUCAUCGUCGCGCCGCUGGCUUUAGGCGGGUUCGCGUUUGGAGCGAGUAAACUGAUUGGCGGGCCGUUGGUGGAGAGAAAAGAGGAAGAGGAGGAACAACCGAGAACGCAAAUCAUGAAGAAACCUAAAAAAGUCGCAGAAGCGCCGCCGCCGCCGCCGCCGCCACCGCCGCCGGCGUUUACGCCGCCAAAGAUUGAAGUACCAAAAAUUGAGACGCCAAAAAUUGAGGUUCCAGAGUUGCCGAAUCCGUUCGCGUCCAUGGGGGGAGGUGGUGAUCCUUUGCCUCCGGACCAGCCGCGUAAAUCGUUUCCAAAGAGGUCGGAAGCUUCGUUUAACUUUGUGGAGGAGGACGAGAGUAAUUCUUCGGGUGAAAUCGACGACGCGUUGGACGAAUCGUACGAGGAUGAUCGAAAAGCCGCGGAAAGAGAGAUGGAACGAGAAAUGCGCGAGGCAGAGAGAGAACAGAAGCGAGCGGAAGCAGAGGCCAGAAGAGAAGAGAAAAAAUUGGGAGCUGCGCAGCGUCGAGAAGAACAACGCGCGGAGCAAGAAGAGAAGAAGAGACAACAAGAUAUGAUUCGCGAACAGAAGCAAGCGGAAGCGGCGGAACGAAAAGAAGAGCAAGCGCGAACGAGAGCGAUGAAAGCGGAAGAGGCGGCAGAAUUAAGAGCGCAACGACGAGCAGAGGCGGAAGCAAAAGCUGCGGCGGCGAAAGAGGCGAGGACUCAAAAGAAAUCGGUGUCUGUGAAAGUCUCCGCGUCCGAGAGCGGCGAGGGUGGGAACUUUUUGACCGCUUUGACUGAAAUGAGAAAACCGGCGGCGACGCAAGCGCUUCCGGCGCAAACCGUCCAAAUGCAGCGUAAAGUGAAAACGUUUUCGAACAAGUCAAAAUCGAUGGCGCAAAAACCGUCGCUGGCCUUGACUCAAAAGGUGAGACCACCCAAUGCCGUUGGCGGUUUACCGCAAGGGUUCCCGUCCGUAGAGGAUUUCGAAGGUUUGACGCAAGACGAGAAGUUGGAAUUGUGCGAUAAAGCAGACGCGAUCGUGACCAGGUUAGAAACGAGAGCGGACGCCGCGGAGAAGUUUAUCAACUCUCCGGUGACUAGUCUGUUGUUCUUUUUGAAGCCAGGGGCGGAGAAGAACGCUAUUAAAGCCAGAUCGCAAGCAGAAGAAGCGGCGGCGGCGGCGAGAUCGUUGCGAUCCGCGGCGUCUAAUCCGCUCGGCGGCGCAGGCGCGGCAGCGGCUGCUGUGGUGGGUAUCUUAGGUGCAGGUGCGCUUUUGUUUGGUGUAUUGAGUAGUGGUGGUGGAAAUGGUGGAAACGGUGCUCCUUCGCCGUCGUCGAACGUGACCGCGAAAGCGCCGUCGCCGCAAACCGAACAAGUGAGAGAUAUUGAGGCAGCCGAGAAAAUGGAGGCUGUCAAAUCAGGCGAAGCGAGUGCGGAGGACGUGUAUGCUAUGUUUACGAAGUAA